AUGCGUUAUGAGUUAAAUGGGGUUUUAGUUGAUAAAUCCAAAAAUGUUGGGAUUACAACAACAAUAAAAAAUUAUUUAUCAAUUAAUUCGAGAGAGAAUAAUGAAAAUGCUGGAUGGUUAAACGGACCUGAGCAGAUGAUGUUAACAGAUGGAAAUGGUUAUUUUGAUUUAUGCAUACCAUUGAAAAUGUUUUUUGGUUUUGCUGAAGACUAUCAAAAAAUCAUUAUUAACGCUAAACAUGAAAUUAUUCCGGUACAAUCUCGCUCUGAUUUAAAUUUAAUCGUGAGAGAUGUUGCAACUUUUCAAGAAGAAGUUAAAUUUGAUUUAAAAAUUACAAAAGUUGGAUGGUUAGUGCCAUAUGUAACACUAUCGAAGAGAAAUAAAAUGGAAAUGAUGAAAUAUAUACAAAAAGAUCCAGUCAUUUCUAUUGGAUUCAGGACCUGGGAACUCUAUGAAUAUCCACUGCUACCAACAACAAAUCAUCAUAUUUGGACGGUGAAGACAUCAACUCAACUGGAAAAACCUUACUAUGUUAUUCUUGCUUUUCAAACAAAUAGAAAAAACGUAUGGCAUGCAGAUGCAGCAAGAUUUGAUCAUUGUAAUAUAACAAAUGUUAAAUUAUAUCUUAACUCACAAAUUUUCCCAUAUAGAAAUUUAAAUCUUGACAUUCCGAAAAAUCAAUUUUCGUUAUUGUAUGAUAUGAAUGAAAAUUUUUCCGAGUCUUAUUAUGGAGCUAAAAUAGAUUUGAUAUCAAAAAAUCCUUUCAUUCAUCAAGCACCAAUAAUUGUAAUUGAUUGUAAACAAAAUGAACUUUUAAAAGCUGGUGCUGUAGAUGUACGUUUAGAAUUUAAAUCUAAAGACAAUUUUCCACAAGGAACUGCAGCUGAUUGUUUAAUUUUACAUGAUCAUAUAAUUGAGUAUAAACCAAUCAGUGGCAUUGUACAUAAAUUAAGUUAA